AUGGCUCUCCUCUUCGUAUUCCUUCUUCCUCUGCUCCUAUCCAUCUCAUCUAGCGCAAAUGGCGCCCAAGCAUCCGCUCUGGCUAGCAGACGCGGGCUGCAGCAGGGUGGGCAGCCGACCUGCCCUGCGCAGUGCCAGGUGGGGCCCCGAGGGCCGCUCGAUGGCUGUGACUUCGCCUUCGAAGGCUCCAGCGACUCCAUCCCCACCUUCAACAUCGUACCGCCCAACGCUACUGCAGGUGACUUUGCCAUCAGCCCGCCAGUGGUGGUGAAGGAGGGCAGUGGAGUAACCAUCUCCAGCACGGGCAUCGCGACCUUCUUCUGCACCACUGCGCUCACGGGCCCGUGCGACGCUGGUAACCAGUUCUACAUCACCUCCGAGGGCAACAGCUCGCUGGUCUUCGUUCGCUCCUUCAGCCAGCAAGCGGUGGCCUUCUUUCAGAACAGGUGGGUACGGCUGCCCAUCCUGACAGCCCAGAUCCCACAGGGCGGCACCGUGCUGAACAUCAACCCCGGGGAUAACAACCCCACGUACCCCGAGGCACGCCGCCACCCCUCCAACUCCUCCUCCCCAUCCUCCAUCCCUCCCACCUCCUCCAACACCCACCCCUCACCAACGCACCCAUCCUCACCGCACUCCCACCCAUCCUCACCGCAUCAACCGCUCUUCCUCCCAUCCACGUGGUGCCCACGGAACCCCCCACUGAAACGCGGGGAAGGAGCGGGGAAGCUUCUGUUCAUAGACGCACACGUGGCAGGGGCGGCAGGGGACAUGCUAGUCGCGUCACUGCUGGACCUAGGCGUGCCAUCAACAGUGGUGGAGGGGGCAGUGGAGGCCAUGGGUCUUUCACAUGUGACCUGCAGGGUGGAGGCCACUCAACGAUCCGCUAUCACUGCUCCGCUCUUCUCGGUGGAUGACGGGGCGAACCAGCCCUACAGGGACUACGCGGCCAUCCGCCAUCUGCUGGCCAAUAGCAGCCUGCCACGUGGCGCCAGGGACAUUGCCAGCCGGGCGUUUCGGCUGCUGGCGGAGGCGGAGGCGUGUGUGCAUGGCAUGGCCGUGGAUGACGUGCACUUCCAUGAGGUGGGGGCAGUGGACAGCAUAGUGGACAUGGUGGCGGCAGCAGCAACAGUGGGCGCGGUGGACAGCAUAGUGGACAUGGUGGGCGCGGUGGACAGCAUAGUUGACAUGGUGGCAGCAGCAGCAGCCAUAGACUACCUCGCACCAUCGCACAUAGCAGCCUCGCCCCUCCCCAUGGCACGAGGAAUCAUCACCGGCGCUGCUCACGGCCCCCUGCCCUCCCCUGCCCCCGCCACUCUUGAGAUCCUGUGCCGGGCCAAUAUCCCCACUCCUCUAGGGGCCAAUAUCCCAACGUUUGCUGCAGGGUGUAAGGGCGAACUCGUCACCCCCACAGGCGCAGCCCUCCUUGCUGCCAUCACCCACACCUGGACUCCCUGGCCUGACUGCCGCCCUUGCCGAGCCUCGUACGGAGCUGGCACCAAGGUUCGGCAGGACCGACCCAACCUGCUACGUCUGGUGCUGGCAGACCCAAUGUGA